AUGCAGAGGGAAAUGGUCUACACACGAGGAGAAGGCCCCAGCGCCUCCUGACCGGGCUCCAUGGCUCAUCCCGCCCACGCGAUCCUGAGCUCCCCGCAGUCCACGCCCGUGCCCCAUUACAUGCCCCCCUCCCCAUCCAGGAUUCCGUACGGGGGCUCCCGGCCCAUGAUGGUGCCUGGCAAUGCCACCAUCCCCAGGGACAGACUCUCCAGCCUGCCUGUCUCCCAAUCCAUCUCUCCCAGCCCCAGCGCCAUCCUGGAGAGACGGGAAGUCAAGCCGGAUGAGGACCUCAGAGGCAAGAACCUGACCAUGUAUAGGAACGAGGGUGUCUAUGCGGACCCCUACCUCUACCACGAUGGGUGCAUGAGCAUAGCCUUGUCCCACGGAGGCCAUCCCCUCGAUGUCCCCGACCACAUUGUCGCCUACCACCGCACAGCCAUCAGCUCGGCAAGCACCUACUGCAACCCCUCCUUGCAAGCUGAGAUGCACAUGGAGCAGGCGCUGUACCGGCAGAAACCCAGAAAGUACCCUGACGGCCAGCUGCCCACCCUGGGCACCAAGACGCGGCCUGCCUCCCCGCACCGGGUUGGCGACUUGCACAUGCUGGACCUGCCGGCUCACAGCGCCCACGGGCUCCCCCAUACCAUGCAGCCUAGCCGUCAGUCCUUCAAGAAGGAGCCAGGCACCUUGGUGUACCUGGAAAAGCCACAGAACCUUCCGGGCUUUGUGGACCUCGGGCCACCCCUGGUCAAGAAGCAAGUAUUCACCUAUAACACAGCCACUGUUCCCAAAGACAGAGAGACCAAAGAGAGGAUGCAGGCUAUGGAGAAGCAGAUCACCAGCCUAACUGGCCUUGUGCAGUCUGCACUUUUUAAAGGGUCCAUUACAAGUAAUUACAAAGAUGCCACUAGUGAGAAAAUGAUGAGACCAGCAGCCAGCAGGAGCCACACAGAUGGCGCAGGCACACCCCACAUUGCCGGCGGGAAGACCCUCGGUGCCCUGGAGCCCGCGGAGCCGCUGGGGCCACCCAUGCCCGCCGGCACCUCGGCCGUGCACCUGAGCCUGCUGGACAUGCGUCGCGGCAUGGCAGAGCUCAGACGCCAGCUGCAGCAGAUGCAACAGCUGCAGCUGCAGAACCAGGAGCUGCUACCCACAAUGAUAAAAAAGGCAGAGCUGGGGAUCAGCAGCAAAGUCGCGGAGACCAUGAGGCGCCUGGAGGACCCCGUGCAGCGACAGCGCACCCUGGUGGAACAGGAGAGACAAAAGUACCUCCGCGAAGAGGGAGGAUUGGCCAGAAAGCUGUGCGAGCUAGAGGAAUUCAUGGACGACCUGAAGAAGGGGCCCACAGCCACGGUCCAUGCCGUGAUGCUGAAAGACGUGGAGGAGUCCCACCUCCUGCGGCAGGUGGGAGAAGCCGUGGCUGCCCUGAAAGGGGAGUUCCCCACCCUGCAGAACAAGAUGCGUGCGGUCCUGCGCAUCGAGGUGGAGGCCGUGGGCUUCCUGAAGGAGGAGCCGCACAAGCUGGACUGGCUCCUGAAGCGGGUGCGGGGCCUCACAGACGUCCUGAUGGUGCUGAGCAGGCAUCUGACCAACAGGCUCCUGAAGGGCGCCAAUGCCGCCCAGGCCACGCACUACAUGGCGGUGGAGAAGGCCAUGGCCGCGGAAGUCCUGGGGGGACCGGAGGACUGCGGCCCAGCCCGCGGUGACGUGAAGCUGGACGUGGUGCCCCUGACCGGGCAGCAGGCGCAGAACCCGCCCGGCCCGCUCGCGGAGGACGCCAGGACCAGAGCCGCGGCCGUGGAGAAAGCUGAAAAGAAUGAGAAAAGGCCGGACCUGGACCACUACAACGGCAAGGAGUUUGAGAAGCUACUGGAAGAAGCUCAGGCCAACAUCAUGAAGUCCAUUCCAAACCUGGAGAUGCCGCCUGCGCCGGGCCCAGCACCCAGGGGAGAGGGCAUAGUGGACAAGCUGGAGCUCUCAGAAGACUCUCCAAAUUCAGAGCAGGGGGGAAAGUCACCAUCCCCUCCUACCCUGCCCCCUCGGCGAAGCUACCUGCUGGGAUCCAGGCUCACCACCACGAGGUCAGGGGACGUGGUCUACACCAGCAGGAAGGAGACAGUCACGGCCAAGGCAAGCAGCGAGGACGCCAGACCAAGCCCACAGACCAGAGCAACCAAGUGUUCUACAGAGGAGCCCGCCUCAUCCUGGACCCAGGCCUCAUUAGCAGUCACUGUGUCUCCCAAGGAUGAGGAGGACGAAGAGGAAGGAGGCAAAAUAAUGGCAGAGCUAUAGGUUUUUCCCUUUUGAAAGACACCCGUAUCUUCUUUUUUCUCCAUGUAUGUGUGUGUGAAUACCGCAGAUUGGCCUACCUGAAGUCUAGUCAGCGGGUGACCACUUCUUUCUUCUGCCACAUAACCCCAAGCUCUAUUCUGGUGGUAUCCAGAAGUGG